AUGUCUUUCUUUCUUUCUUAUUUUUCUCCCCAGUUCUUUCUUUCUUUCUUUCUUUCUUUCUUUCAUUCUUUCUUUCUUUCCAUGACUUUCUUUCUUUCUUUCGUUCGUUUGCAUGUCUUUCUUUCUUUCUUUCUUUCUUUCUUUCUUUCUUUCUCCUCAGUUCUUUCUUUCUUUCUUUCUUUUCUUUCUUUCUUUCUUUCUUUCUUAUUUUUCUCCUCAGUUCUUUCUUUCUUUCUUUCUUUCUUUCUUUCUUCUUUCUUUCUUUCUUUCUUUCUUUCUUUCUUUCUUUCCAUGUCUUUCUUUCCAUGUCUUUCUUUGUUUCUUAUUUUUCUCCUCGGUUCUUUCUUUCUUUCUUUCUUUCUUUCUUUCUUUCUUUCUUUCUUUCUUUCUUUCGUUCUUUCUUUCCAUGUUUUUCUUUCUUUCUUAUUUUUCUCCUCAGUUCUUUCUUUCUUUCUUUCUUUCUUUCUUUCUUUCUUUCUUCCUAUGUCUUUCCUUUCUUUUUUCUUUCUUUUUUUCUUUCUUUGCAUGUCUUUCUUUCUUUCUUUCUUUCUUAUUUUUCACCUCAGUUCUUUCUUUCUUUCUUUCUUUCUUUCUUUCUUUCUUAUUUUUCACCUCAGUUCUUUCUUUCUUUCUUUCUUAUUUUUCACCUCAGUUCUUUCUUUCUUUCUUUCUUUCUUUCUUUCUUAUUUUUCUCCUCAGUUAUUUCUUUCUUUCUUUCUUCUUCUUUUCCUUCUCAGUUUUUCUAGCUCGCUUUCGUUCUUUUUUUUUUCUUUUUUCCUUCCAUAUCAUUUUCUUCUUUCUGUUAUUUCUCGCUCUAUUUCUAUCUAUCUAUCUAUCUAUCUAUCUAUCUAUCUAUCUAUCUAUCUUUACCUGUAUCAUUUUUCUUCUUUCUCUCGUCUGUCAUUUUUAGCCCUGUCUCUUUCUUUCUUUCUUUCUUUCUUUCUUGCUUGCUUGCUUGCUUGCUUUCUUUCCAUAUCGUUUUUCUCCUUUCACUCCUCCGUCUUUUCCAGCCCUGUUUUUACUGCAACACACGACCCAGCGAUUGAACUCUGUUUUUUAUUGCCUCCCUCUUUCUUACCCACGAUGUCACCCCAUUCUUCAGUCCUUCUUCAUGUUUUUCGCCCGUUCUCUGUUUUUGUCACCCUUGUUUCUCUCUCCUAUUCUCUUUUACUUCAACGCUCUUCUUCUUCUUCUUCUUCUUGCUUUUCUAACUCUUGGUCCUUAUCUCUUUUUCCCAAAAUCGAUCAGUCUAAAUUCAAAUCAUGA